AUGCACCUUCGAUUCAUCGAUACAUUCCGGUUUACACCUGAUAGUUUAGACAACCUGGUCACUAACCUAGUCAAAUCAGCAUCAAAUCCUGAAGACUUGUCCAAAGUGCUGUCACAUACUGCCAAGGUGUUUGGAAACAAAUUGAGCCUUGUCUCAAGGAAAGGAGUGUUUCCAUACGACUACUGCGAUUCAUGGCAGAGACUCAAAGAAACAUUGCUACCACCCAAAGAGGCAUUUUUCAGAAAGCUGACUGAUAGGAGUGUUAGCAGUGAUGAUUAUGAACAUGCUCAAACUGUGUGGAACCAAUACAGUUGUAGAACUCUGGGAGAGUACAGUGACCUGUACUUGAAAACAGAUGUUCUACUGUUGGCCGAUGUCUUUGAGAGCUUCCGCGAUGUAUGCAUAAAGACUUAUGAUUUGGAUUGUGCGCACUACUUUACAUCUCCAGGCUUUUCCUUUGACGUCAUGCUGAAAUAUACUAAAGUUGAGCUUGAGCUCCUUACUGACUAUGACAUGUACAUGUUUAUCGAGCGAGGUAUCAGAGGAGGAAUAACAAAUUGUAUACACCGUCAUGCAAUUGCCAACAACAAGUGCACUGGCGCACCUUGGGAUCCAGAGAAGCCUACAUCCUAUCUGUUAUAUACAGAUGCCAACAACCUAUAUGGCUGGGCAAUGUGUCAGCCAAUUCCAUGUCGCCAAUUCCAAUGGAUGGAUAAAGAAGAAUUGGAAGCAGUGACAAUGGGUAUUACAGGUUUAGGGGAUAAUAUGGAGAUUGGAUACAUUCUAGAGGUGGACAUUGAAUACCCUUCCAACUUGCACAGCGAGCACAAUGAUUUCCCAUUUCUUGCAGAGAACAAGAAAACUCUUAAAUCCAAUCAUGUACGACUCAUGACAACCCUGUAUGAUCGAGAACAUUAUGUAUGUCACUACCGCACCCUAAAACAAGCAGUACAGCAUGGGUUGAAGAUGAAAAAGGCUCAUCGAGGUGUGCAGUUUGAGCAGAAAAACUUUCUAGCAUCAUACAUCAUGCUUAAUACAAAGCUAAGACAACAGUCAAAGAAUAAAUUUGAAAAGAACUUUUUCAAACUCAUGAACAAUGCCGUGUUUGGCAAGACAAUGGAAAAUGUGCGAAAAAGAAUGAGCAUGGAGCUAGUGAAUGAUGAGAAGCGGUUGAAGAAACUGAUUGCUCGACCAGUGUACAAAGAUCGUAUCAUAUUUGGCGAGAAUAUUUGCGCUGUUACGAUGCAUAAAGAGAAAGUGGAGCUCAAUAAACCAAUCUAUAUAGGGUUAUCAGUGCUUGACAUCAGCAAAACCCUCAUGUAUGAAUUCCAUUAUGACAUCAUGAAGCCCAUCUACAAGGACCGUCUUCAACUCUUAUAUCAAGAUACUGAUAGUUUGUUCUACCUUGUCAAGACAGAGGACAUGUACAAAGAUAUCAUCAACAAUCAGCAGCUUAAAGAUACCUUUGACACUUCAGAGUACCCUGCAGACCACCCAUGCUACUCAGAUGCAAACAAAAUGGUGCUUGGCAAGUUUAAAGAUGAAUAUGCUGGCCGAGCGCCACUUGAGUAUGUAGGCCUACGAUCAAAGCUAUAUGCCUGUAGGUGUUACAAUAGUGACCCGAAUCAGUUGACAAGUGGAUUGAUAAAAAAAGCUAAAGGAGUACGGAGACCAAUACUUGGGCGAGAACUCUCGAAAUUGCAUCCAGAUGCUGAACGUUACAUAGUCUUCCAAGACUAUCUAGAUUGUCUAUAUGGUGAUGAGGAUAUCUAUAGAGAACAAGUGAUGUUUGGCACUAGGAAACAUCAAAUCAUGACUCAAGUCAUGAGAAAGAAGGCACUGAGCAAAGCUGAUGAGAAGAGGCAUAUUCUAGAUGAUGGAAUUACAACUCUUGCACAUGGACAUUACAAGAUCCCCACUCCAGCACACAGGGAUGAGGAGAAGGAUGAGGAGGAUAGUAUAAAAGGAGGAAGCAAUGCACGUUCUCAUCACUCUGCAUUCAACAUGCAUGCCACCAACAUUCAAGUCGUGCUCUGCCUCAUGCUGGCUCUUGGAGCCUAUUCACUGGAUCCAAAGUAUAGGAGUGAAGACUUUCUAGCAUCCAGGGAGCAUGGACUGGAUAUAUACAACAUUUUCCACAUCAGGCAAUGUCUGAUGUCAUCCAGCAAGUUCAACCACGACCUUGCAGCAAUGUACAAUGAUGUCAGCAACUGGUAUUUAAAAAUCGCAGGAGAGCAUGAAGUGGGGGAGGAACUGUGUCACAAAAUCCACUGCGCAUAUGAUCUGCGCAACUGUCUCCACCCAUCAUUCACAUCGCUGGAUUUCCUUGAAGCAGUUAUUACAAAGUCAGUUGAGGUGUGCUCAUCCUACUGUCAACAUGGGCUGUCAACAACAUCUACAUCCAGUACUUCAAUCAGCAAUGGCGCCAGCAGACCCUGA